CGCUUCUACCAUGAACUGCCUGGUCCUCCUCCCCAGAGCUGCUCAUCCGGGUCGGGCUGGAGACACAGUCAGGGGACCCCGUCGCCGCCGCCGCGCCCCCUCUUCUUUCGGCUCGAUCUUCUCUUCCACCUUUUCCUCCUCUUCCUCCACCUUCUCUUCCUGCAUCCCCCCCUCCCCCGCCGCGGAUCCUGGCCGCUGCUUUCCAGACCCAGGAUGCCGGGGGGCAAGAGAGGGCUGGUGGCACCGCAGAACACAUUUUUGGAGAACAUCGUCAGGCGCUCCAGUGAAUCAAGUUUCUUACUGGGAAAUGCCCAGAUUGUGGAUUGGCCUGUAGUUUAUAGUAAUGACGGUUUUUGCAAACUCUCUGGGUAUCAUCGAGCUGACGUCAUGCAGAAAAGCAGCACUUGCAGUUUUAUGUAUGGGGAAUUGACUGACAAGAAAACCAUUGAGAAAGUCAGGCAGACUUUUGACAACUACGAGUCAAACUGCUUUGAAGUUCUUUUGUACAAGAAAAACAGAACCCCUGUUUGGUUUUAUAUGCAAAUUGCACCAAUAAGAAAUGAACAUGAGAAGGUGGUUUUGUUUCUAUGCACUUUCAAGGAUAUUACAUUGUUCAAACAGCCAAUAGAGGAUGAUUCAACAAAAGGUUGGACAAAAUUUGCCCGAUUGACACGGGCUUUGACAAAUAGCCGAAGUGUUUUACAGCAGCUUACGCCAAUGAAUAAAACAGAGGUGGUCCACAAACAUUCAAGAUUAGCUGAAGUUCUUCAGCUGGGAUCAGAUAUCCUUCCUCAGUAUAAGCAAGAAGCGCCAAAGACGCCACCACACAUUAUUUUACACUAUUGUGCUUUUAAAACAACUUGGGAUUGGGUGAUUUUAAUUCUUACCUUCUACACCGCCAUUAUGGUUCCUUACAAUGUUUCCUUCAAAACGAAGCAGAACAACAUAGCCUGGCUGGUGCUGGACAGUGUGGUGGACGUUAUUUUCCUGGUUGACAUUGUUUUAAAUUUUCAUACGACCUUUGUGGGACCUGGUGGAGAGGUCAUUUCUGACCCCAAGUUGAUAAGGAUGAACUAUCUGAAAACUUGGUUUGUGAUUGAUCUGUUGUCUUGUUUACCUUACGACAUCAUCAAUGCCUUUGAAAAUGUAGAUGAGGGUAUCAGCAGUCUCUUCAGUUCUUUAAAAGUGGUGCGUCUCUUGCGACUGGGCCGUGUGGCUAGGAAAUUGGACCAUUACCUAGAGUAUGGAGCAGCGGUCCUUGUGCUGCUGGUUUGUGUGUUUGGACUAGUUGCUCACUGGCUGGCCUGCAUAUGGUACAGCAUUGGGGACUACGAGGUCAUUGAUGAAGUCACCAACACCAUCCAGAUAGACAGUUGGCUCUACCAGCUGGCCUUGAGCAUUGGGACUCCGUAUCGAUACAAUGCCAGUGCAGGGAUAUGGGAAGGAGGACCCAGCAAGGAUUCACUAUACGUGUCCUCUCUCUACUUUACCAUGACAAGCCUUACAACCAUAGGAUUUGGAAAUAUAGCUCCUACUACAGAUGUGGAGAAGAUGUUUUCGGUGGCCAUGAUGAUGGUUGGCUCUCUCCUUUAUGCAACUAUUUUUGGAAAUGUUACCACAAUUUUCCAGCAAAUGUAUGCCAACACCAACCGGUACCACGAGAUGCUGAAUAAUGUUCGGGACUUCCUGAAACUCUAUCAGGUCCCCAAAGGCCUUAGUGAACGAGUCAUGGAUUAUAUUGUCUCAACAUGGUCCAUGUCAAAAGGCAUUGACACAGAGAAGGUCCUCUCCAUCUGUCCCAAGGACAUGAGAGCUGAUAUCUGUGUUCAUCUAAACCGGAAGGUUUUUAAUGAGCAUCCUGCUUUUCGAUUGGCCAGCGAUGGUUGUCUGCGCGCCUUGGCGGUAGAGUUCCAGACUAUUCACUGUGCUCCCGGGGACCUCAUUUACCACGCUGGGGAAAGUGUGGAUGCCCUCUGCUUUGUGGUGUCGGGAUCCUUGGAAGUCAUCCAGGAUGAUGAGGUGGUGGCUAUUUUAGGGAAAGGGGAUGUAUUCGGAGACAUCUUCUGGAAGGAAACCACCCUUGCUCACGCAUGUGCCAAUGUCCGUGCACUGACAUACUGUGACCUCCACAUCAUCAAGCGAGAAGCCUUGCUUAAAGUCCUGGACUUCUACACAGCUUUUGCAAACUCAUUCUCAAGGAAUCUCACUCUUACCUGCAAUCUAAGGAAACGGAUCAUUUUCCGCAAAAUCAGUGAUGUGAAGAAAGAAGAGGAGGAGCGCCUCAGGCAGAAGAAUGAGGUCACCCUCAGCAUCCCUGUGGACCACCCGGUCAGGAAGCUCUUCCAGAAGUUCAAGCAGCAGAAAGAGCUGCGGAAUCAGGGGUCAACACAGAGUGACCCUGAGCGGAACCAGCUGCAGGUGGAGAGCCGCUCUUUACAGAACGGAGCCUCCAUCACCGGUACCAGUGUGGUCACCGUGUCACAGAUCACACCCAUUCAGACAUCUCUGGCCUACGUGAAAACCAGCGAGUCCCUCAAGCAAAACAACCGCGAUGCCAUGGAGCUCAAGCCCAGUGGCGGUGCUGACCCCAAAUGUCUCAAAGUCAACAGCCCCAUAAGAAUGAAGAAUGGAAACGGGAAAGGGUGGCUGCGACUCAAGAAUAACAUGGGAGCCCAUGAGGAGAAAAAAGAAGACUGGAAUAACGUCACCAAAGCUGAGUCAAUGGGGCUGCUGUCCGAGGACCCCAAGGGCAGCGAUUCAGAGAACAGCGUGACCAAAAACCCGCUGAGGAAAACGGACUCUUGUGACAGUGGCAUUACAAAAAGUGACCUUCGUUUGGAUAAGGCUGGAGAGGCGCGAAGCCCGCUGGAGCACAGCCCCAUCCAGGCUGAUGCCAAGCACCCCUUUUAUCCCAUCCCCGAGCAAGCCUUACAGACCACGCUGCAGGAAGUCAAACACGAACUCAAAGAGGACAUCCAGCUGCUCAGCUGCAGAAUGACUGCCCUGGAGAAGCAGGUGGCAGAAAUUUUAAAAAUACUCUCAGAAAAAAGCAUGCCCCAGACCUCUUCUCCCAAAUCCCAAAUGCCGCUCCAAGUACCUCCCCAAAUACCAUGUCAGGAUAUUUUUAGUGUUUCAAGGCCUGAGUCACCUGAAUCAGACAAAGAUGAAAUUCACUUUUAA